GCGCGCUGGGGGCUGGAUACGUGUUUCACGAAGCAGAGUCCUUGCAUUGGCAGGCUGAUGAUGACACGUGUCUCCUCCUUGCCACCCCCAGGCUCAAGCGUACCGCAUAGGCAUCAGUAACAACCAGAGAAAACCAACUGUGGAAGUGCUGCCUCAACCAUUAAUAUUAAUAAACCAGGUAAGAAUUAUAAACGACAACGCGCAAUUUUACGUAAUCUUCUGCGUAAUACCCAUUUUUCGUUGAGAAAAUUGUGCAUCAAGUUUGGACGUUUUCGAGCUAAAGGAGAGAGUGCCAUAACAAGAUGCAGAGACGGAGCGCCGAUUUCUGAAGGUGACAUGAACCUGGGGAUGAUCAAGAACAGAAGGCGUACUUUGAUCAAAAAGUGGAGAUAGCAACUGAAACAACAAUCAAGGCUUUAUAAGACCACCAUCUGUACUCUAGUUAGAUUAAUGUGCGAAAACAGAGCUGCAUUCUAAAGUUGUUGGCAUUUUGUUGUAUUUAAAAAAAUAAAAGUAUAAAAAAUCAGUCGCGACAGGCAAGACAGAUAGAGAACGCAACAAUGGCCCAUUUAAUCCGAAGCAAGUUUCAAAAUAAACUAUCAAAUGCAGCCACCUCGGUGUCGAAUAAAUCUACCGCGAAGGUGAGCGGGAUGAUGGCCAGGAUGGGCUUCCAGGCCGCCACAGACGAGGAGGGGCUGGGAUUCGCCGCAUGCGAUGAUUUGGAUUACGACCACCGGCAAGGAUUGCAGAUGGAUAUCAUGAAAUCGGAUGACAUGAGUGGUGGAGACCUCGGAGAAGGGAGUGGGGAGGGCGGGAUGGUUGGAGGAGAUGACGGAAUGUUGGCUGGGGACAGUCACUACCAGAGAGAUGGCACUGGACCUCCGACCUCUGGUUCUAUAGCCUCAGGUCUGGGAGAAGAAGGAAAAUCACCAAAAAUUACCGCAUGGGAAGCGGGCUGGAACGUCACAAAUGCAAUUCAGGGGAUGUUCGUUCUGGGUUUACCGUACGCCAUUCUCCACGGGGGCUACCUCGGACUGUUUCUGAUUAUUUUCGCCGCGGUGGUUUGUUGCUACACGGGGAAAAUCCUAAUCGCUUGCCUGUACGAGGAUGACGAAGACGGCCAACUGGUGCGUGUGAGGGACUCAUACGUGGACAUUGCCAACGCUUGUUGUCAGCCAAGGUUUCCAUCUUUAGGUGGUCAUAUUGUGAAUGUAGCCCAGAUCAUUGAGUUGGUGAUGACGUGUAUCUUAUACGUGGUAGUGAGCGGUAACCUGAUGUACAACAGCUUCCCCACCCUCCCCAUCUCACAGAAGUCUUGGGCCAUCGUGGCCACUGCCGCCUUGCUGCCAUGCGCUUUCCUCAAGAAUCUUAAGUCUGUGUCUAAAUUCAGCUUGCUGUGCACUAUCGCACACUUCGUAAUCAACAUUCUGGUGAUAGCCUACUGUCUAUCAAGAGCGCGCGACUGGGCCUGGGACAAAGUCAAAUUCUACAUCGAUGUAAAGAAAUUCCCAAUUUCUAUUGGAAUCAUCGUGUUCAGUUACACGUCUCAGAUUUUCCUUCCGUCGCUGGAGGGGAACAUGCAGAAGCCCAGCGAGUUCCACUGUAUGAUGAACUGGACCCAUAUCGCCGCGUGCGUCCUCAAAGGCCUGUUCGCUCUAGUGGCCUACCUUACCUGGGCGGAUGCCACCAAGGAGGUAAUCACCGACAACCUGCCGUCAACCAUCAGGGCUGUUGUGAACCUUUUCUUAGUGGCAAAAGCCUUACUGUCAUACCCAUUGCCAUUUUUCGCUGCAGUUGAAGUAUUGGAAAAAUCAUUUUUCUGUGAACGAGAACGCACGUGGUUUCCAGAUUGUUACGGAGGCGACGGACGUCUGAAAUCCUGGGGCCUAACUCUCAGAUGCAGCCUUGUUGUAUUCACGUUGCUCAUGGCCAUUUAUGUACCGCAUUUUGCUCUUCUCAUGGGUCUAACCGGGAGCUUGACGGGCGCGGGGCUGUGCUUUCUGCUUCCCAGCCUCUUCCACCUCAAGCUGCUAUGGAGAAAGCUGCUAUGGCACCACGUUUUCUUUGAUGUCGCAAUAUUUGUAAUAGGAGGUAUAUGCGCCAUAUCUGGUUUCAUCCACUCAAUGGAAGGACUCGUAGAAGCGUACAAAUAUGGUAUAGAAGAUUAGCAAAGCCAAUCUGCCUGAAAUAAAUGUUACGAUACACCCCCUAAGUGAAUAACUGAUUUCUCCACGGAGCGCAGUCAGCACUUGCUUACAGAAUUCAUGCGAAAUAAAUCCACGUUCAGAAUGCCGUCCUCACAUUUGCUCUUCAAACAUUUGCAUUGUCACACACACGCACACAAAACAAACCAACUGAAUUUGCAAACGUUAUGGAAAAUGUAACUUUUAAUGUAUAAAUAUGAAAACAAAUGCAUAUCCAUAUUUUUGUGGAGUGAAGGUUUACAGUAGUUUAAUCGACCUAAACAAAAUGGCAAAAUGAGCAGUGUCUUUUUAUCUCUCGUUGGUGGUUUUCCAACCUUGAGAGCAAUUGUAUUUUACAUUCAAUUAUGUGGUUUUGGACGAUAGUUCAAUGGCAUAGUGACUAAAUGGUAUACACAGAAUUGUGCGGUAUAUAUGAUGCCACUUCUUCUUAUGUGAUUUGCAAUAUUUCAUUUGGGACUAAAUGUGAUUAUUAACGAAUACAUUGUUAUGAGGACCUAUUAUGAUGGCAACUAACUUAAUGGCAAUAAAUAAUAGGCUAUCAACCAGACAAAUCAACACAAUAUAUAUCGUGGAUGAUGUUAACAUAAUUUGUUAAUCAAUAGACCAAGUAGAAAUAUCGCAAAUAUGUUUAUUGAUUAAUUUAGAAGUAAUUUGUAUUCUCUCCGUGCGCUAUAUUGAAACUAUAUGAGUGAAACUCUGCCAUUUUAACUAUGCAUUGAAUGUAUGAUAUACAUACAGGUAUUAAACACUGAAAUUGUAAGAUGGAAAAGAAAACCGUUAAAAAUAUAUUAGAUUUAAGAUAGUGUUUUAUUUAUUUUAAUGAAUGAACUUUAAAACACAUGUUUAGGCCUACCCACAUCUGGGGACAACGUUAAUAUACGCAAUAAUUAUCUCUCGUAAGCGUAGGGUUGACGUUGGCCCACAAGUCAUUUGACCUAUAUUCGCUUCAUAGACAGGAAAAAUACUGCCACGUCACUAAAAAUAACGAAUCCCCAUAGGAUUCGGUAACUAAAUUGGUAAUUAUUCCCAAUUUCACAUGAUAAAGCAUUUACAUUUCAGGCUAUUAAUGCAAGAACAUUACUAAAUUACUCAAGGUCUGGAAUUAAGGGUCUGAAUCCUAUAAGUGUGAAGAGAUCAUAAAAAGAAGAUAUGCGCGUGAAGACAUUUUCAUUCUGUGCAAUCCAACGGGUCCUGUGGAAAUGUUAUAAACCCGUAUGUGUAGUGUUGUUGUGGUUUCAAAAAGAUGGAAUGUAUAUCUAAAAAUCGUUAUCAUAUAUCGUGAAAAUGACUAUUAAAGAAUAAAUAAAUAAGUGAAAUUAUAUUGUAUAAAUGUCUGUGGUUUUAUGUGUUGAAAACGAAAACCGUGAACAACAUGUAUUUUUUUCUCUAUAAAUAGAAUAAAAAUGGAGCAAAAAAUGUGA